CCGUUUGCUGAAAAUAGCGAGAGUCGCCUCCGUCAUUCCUCAUUUGAACAAAAACCGAAAUUCAAAAAAAGCCAAAAAUGUAACCAAAGAUUUCGAAAAUUGUAUUAUGAAGCGUUGUGCCAAAAUAUUUGCAGUUGUAUUUUUGGUUUUUGUUAGUGUGGCCAGUGUUAUUAGACUGUGUUUUUGUUUUUGGUCCGGAUUAUUCGAUUCGGAUAAUAAACCGGAUGAAGUAGAUGUAUGGCUAAAGCAGAACAAUUUGGCACCGUUCAAGGACUGUUUUGUUAACAAAGGCAUAUCCCAGCUGGCCCAAUGCGGCCAAUUGGGCGAUUUGCCAGAACUCCCCGCCUCCGACGAACAACGUCUUCAAAAGGCAGCUGCCUUGUUACAGCAGCGUCUCGUCCUCCGUCAAUGGUUAACAAAAUACAAUCUCCAACAUUACUAUCCUCGUCUCCUUAACCUUGAAGUUACCAGUUUGGAAGACGUCUAUUGGCUAGAAGACACCAAAGCCAAGUCAAUCUUGCAGAAAGAUUUUCCCAAGUGGUCAACUGCAAGACAAUCUUUACCAACAUCGAAACCACAUUUAGAAAUUCUUAAAGCAGACCUGUGGUCCGAGGUUGUCAAGUCCAGCAGCCACCAAGACGCUUGGACAUGGGGAGGCAUGUUGGUCGUUUCUGUGUCAGUUGCCGGUUUGGUAACUUUAGCAGCAAUGACUCAACCAUCAUUGGCUCCCGAAGCUAAACACUCACUCCUCCAAUAUGUAACCGGGAAAUAUUUACUACCAUCGAAUUGCAAAGUGAUCUUUCAUUGGUCCGACCCCCACCCUGUAGGUCAUACAGUUUGUUUCACUGUGCAAUUUUAUCAACGCAAUGGCCAGCCUUAUCCGAUCUGUGAUACAGACAAUUUUGUCGUUGACGUUUCCGAGGGUUCACGAAAAAUGGUGGUUAUAACCGAACUUGGCUCACCAACGGACCCAAACAGUGGUAAUAUUGCCAAAGUUAAGUUCAUGGUGCGUCAUGCAGGCCAGUACAGAAUCACAAUUAUGGUAAGCAAUCAACAUGUGGCCGGAAGUCCUUUUAUGAGGACUUUCAUCGCCGGUCCAGCCUACGCUCAAAGAACUUUGGUUGUGAGACAUUGUAGUACUGUUGUAUGUACUGCAAAUGUCGCACAUUUGUUGUAUAUAGAACCACGUGAUGAAUACGGCAAUAUUUGUAGCUACUCUUCAGAUGAUGAUCCCACACAGGAUUACACAGUCCAUAUUACUCAGUUAGGAACUUAUUCUAAAGAAUCAAAUUUGGACACUGACGACAAUAAUUUUACCACCGCUUUAGAUUACGACUGGCAAAGUCAACGAAUAAGUCUUCAACUUAAAUUUCUCUUUGAAGGUUGUUAUCAUACCACAAUUAAAUACAAAGGAAUCGAGUUACAUAAUGGCGACUUUGACAUUAUUGUUUUGAACAGUAUCGAUUCGACUCUCGUCCACAAAAACGUGGCUUCAAAAAACCACAAUAUUUGCUACGAAGCCAAACUAAUCGGCAUCAACAACGAACGAUUACCAAAACCGAAAAAAGUUUUAUGUUACGUCUCACCCAAACAACUCAUCAUAAAAGAAUUGAUUCUAAAAUUUAUCCCGAAACGAUUAUACACUUUCCGUCUAUGCCCUUCCACUAAGUUCAGUUUUCAAACUGAAGUCAAAACAAUGGACCAUCCUACUGGUUAUUUUACUGUCGACGAUGGUUGCCAACCUAAAAUCGAAUUAAUUUCAAAGGAACGCAACGUCAUAGCCGCCACUUUUGCCCAAUUUCUCCUCAAAAACAUGGGUGGCUCGGAAACGUUCAAAGAUAAACAGGAUUUCUUCUACCAUGAGGUACGCAAGUACCAUCAGAAACACUACCAUGAGAAGCUCUCGAUGAAAGUCAAUCGGGAAAAACUGCUAGAGUCGAGUAUGAAAGCGACAAAGAAUUUUUCAGUGAGCGAGUGGUGCCGAAAUUUCGAGAUAACGUUUCAGGGAGAACAAGGAAUUGACUGGGGUGGUUUGCGCCGAGAAUGGUUCGAGUUGAUUUGUUCACAAUUGUUCGAUGCGAAAAAUUGCUUGUUUACGAGUUUCCAUGAGGGGCAACAGUCGUUGGUGCACCCAAAUCCAAAUCGGCCUUCGCACUUAAAAUUAAGGCAUUAUGAGUUUGCUGGAAAGAUUGUAGGAAAGUGUUUGUACGAGAGUGCUCUAGGGGGGUCCUACCGGCAAUUGGUUCGGGCUAGAUUCACCCGAUCUUUCCUGGCACAAGUAAUAGGUCUAAGGGUCCAUUACAAGUAUUUCGAACAAGACGAUCCCGACUUAUACUUGUCCAAAAUAAAAUAUUUACUCGAGAAUGAUAUCGACCAAAUCGACACUGAACUGUAUUUCGUCGAGGAACAGUAUGACACAUCAGGCCAAUUACUCAAAACUGUCGAAUUAAUUCCCAAUGGUUCAAAAAUCCGAGUUAGAAACGCAACGAAACUCCAGUAUUUGGACGCUUUGGCGCAGUAUCGUCUCGCAACCAGUAUCAAAGACGAAAUGGAGUCGUUUCUCAAAGGCCUAAACGAGCUUAUCCCUGACAAUCUCUUGAGCAUUUUUGACGAAAAUGAACUGGAAGCCUUCCAGUUACUCCUAUGUGGGACGGGUCAGUAUAGCAUAGCCGAUUUCAAGCAACACCACGUGAUUAACGGCAAUUCUGCGGAAUUUCGACGAAUUGUGGGCUGGUUUUGGGCAGCUGUGGGUAAUUUCACACAGGAGGAGAUGGCAAGACUGUUGCAAUUCACAACGGGGUGUUCGCAGUUGCCCCCGGGUGGGUUUAAGGAAUUGACUCCGAAAUUUCAAAUCACUGCGGCUCCCACUUUUGGAAAUCUUCCGACAGCACAUACUUGCUUCAAUCAACUUUGUUUGCCGGAUUACGACUGUUAUGAGCAUUUUGAGAAAUCUCUUCUUCUUGCUAUAAGUGAAGGAACAGAAGGAUUUGGCAUGGUUUGAAUGCAGUAUUGUUUUUAACUAUUUUUUACAUAUUGCACAGGAUUUUAACUUCUGUUAUAUUGUUUGUGAUAUUUAUUCACGGUACAAAAUUAUUAUUAAGUGAUAAACACAAUUUAAUCAAAGUAUGGACGAACAUAGUGUACAGAUUGUGAUAAAAGUAAUGUAAAACAGUGUUCAUUAAAUUAUUAACUUAGGGUAGGUUUAUUUAUGCUUCAUAGGUGAUAGAGCUUUUAAUAAAAAAGAGUUAAACUUUAUCAAAUUAUACUAAACGGACAAAAUAUUCGACAUUGUUACUUUUUGUAUUGUAUUUUCAGAUCUCUACUUAUUUUUGACUAUGUACUUAAGCUGUUUUUGCAUUUAUAGAUAUAGGUACUUUUAUUUCACAUUCAUGUAAGAUAUUGUAAUUUUCUUUUUGACAUUAAAAACUUAUUAUAGACUUAUCUAACAGCAAUUGUUAUCGACCUAUUGUUAAACUUCUAUUUUUCUUGGGACCAGUGAGUUUCAAACUACGGUAAAGCUUACACAAAAUUAGAAAUUGUUAAUAAGACGACAAUAGUAUCUAAAACGCCUUUUAGACAUAGUUGUUGCUGUUAGAAUAAAAUUUGAAUUUACAUUGUCUAGAAUCGUAAAGAGUAUAUAUACGAUGUAAUUAUAAAAGAAAAAAAUAUAAUAAAUUGGAAGAAUUACUU